GGAAAAAGAAAAUGAGAAAAAAAACCUUUUUCUUGUUUGGCAAAAUGAACUAAGAGGAUGAAAAACCAAAUUCUUCCCAUUUUGGUGAAGCAACUGAAGGAAAACCAUUUUCUUUUCUUUUCCUUCCAAAUUCCUUGAACCAUAGUGUUAAAGUUUCAUCUAGGAAAUCCUAUUUUACAUCUUUUCUUAGUCUGUUUGGGUGAUUGAAAUGUUUAUACGGUACGGAAUAACUAUUCUGUUUGAGAAGGUUGGUCUGACUAAAACCGUUGUCUUGCCAUCUAUGUCAACUCUACUGCUAGGGGGUUUAAGUGAUCAUAUGAAAGUGCAUGCAAAUGAGUUCAGGUAUGAGGAAUCUUUGUGCACGGGUGAGAUUGUGAAGAAGAUGGAGUCCCCCAUUGACAAGGUUCAAGCUUUCAGUGAAAUCCUGCAACAGAGCUGCGGUGGUGAUGGGGGUGACAGGAAGAAGAAGAAGAAGAGACUGACGGUUUACAUUGGGGAUUCGGUAGGGGACUUGCUUUGCUUGCUUGAAGCUGAUGUGGGAAUCGUGGUGGGUUCGAGCUCGAGCUUAAGAAGGGUUGGGAACCAUUUCGGGGUCAAAUUCGUCCCACUGUUUCCCGGCGUGGUUGAGAAGCAGAAGGCAUACCCUGCAGAGGGUGGUGGUGACCCUUGGAAGGGGCUGUCCGGCAUUCUUUACACUGCAUCUGGCUGGUCUGAGAUACAUGCUUUUCUUAUCGGCUCUUAGGUUUUGUUUUCGCUUUUUCAAAAAAAAAAAAAUACGUACUACGUAAGACGAAAAAAAAUUGUUGAUAGAAAUGAGAUAUGUACAUGUCGAUGGCCAAUUUUAUCGCAGGCCACGCCCCGCAACAACAUUGCUCUUAUCUCUCCCCUUUUGUUUUCCUUGUAGACAUGAUAGUAAAAAAAAAGAGGCAAUUGUGCU